AUGGAUCAGAGGAUGGAAGAAUCUGAUGCAGAGGAGUAUGUCUACUCUGAGGAACAGUCUGAGAGUGAGAGGCUGAGGGAAGAAAGGAGAACCAAGAAGAGGAAUGACCCUAUAAGCAGUGAGGAAACUGAGAGUGAUGAGGAAGGAGAAGAGGUGAACCAAUUGGUUGAUGAAGAUGACCAAGAGGGGAACCAAGAUGAGCCAAUGGAAGAGGCUGAGGAAGAGCAAGAGGAGGAUGAGCUCCCCAUGUACCAAGAGCACUACAAUGCUCUCUUCUCCAUGGACUUUGUGGAGACUAAGCACCCACACGAUGACACCAUGAGAGAUCUUGGUAUCUUUGAGGAUGUGGAGUUGGUGCUCAAGAACAUGCAAUUGGGGAAGUUCUUCUCUCACCGCAUGGAGUCUUACAAGGAGUUGACUUGUGAGUUUUUGGCGUCGAUGAAGCAUCACGAGUUUGAUGAGCUCGAUCGAGCUGAGUUGGACCGAGGCUGGGGGUACAUAACUUUCCUAGCAAAGGGAGAGAAGAAGAUGGUGACCUUUAGGCAGCUUGAGAUACUGUUUGGGUUCACCUAUGGAGAAGGUAACCUAUGGAACAUCAAGGAAGAAGAACUCCAAAGAGUAUGGGCUACAAUAGCUGAAGAGGGGUACUCUUCCUCAAGGUCCAAGGCUGCCCAGAUCAGAAGUCCUGUGCUUAGAUAUGUCCACAAGGCUCUUGCAAACACCUUCUUUGCAAGGAAAGCCACUGGAACAAUCAAUGAGGGAGAAGUGAAGCUCCUUACCAUGGGAAUCAAGCCUAUCAUCUCACGAACUAGGGAUGGGAAGAAGAUCAGAGGAGACAGGGCACACGCAGGGAAUCUCAUGCCUCUCCUUGAGCAGCUCCAAGCCUACAAGGUCACAGCUUACAACACUAGGCACCAAAGAGGAAGAAAGCUUAGUGUUGGAGGGGUGAUCACACCAAUUCUUUGUGCAGCAGGAGUUCAAGUGGACAAGAGAAGGUCUACUCCACCAGGUUGGAUGGACAUCAAGUUUUGCAAGACCAACCUCCUCAUUGAGCACAAGGAGUUGGAUGGGAGAUUCCAAUUCAAGUUCACCCACCCCACGGCUGGACUCUCCAAGCUUCUUCUGCCCAACCCUGAGCUCACCACGGUCCUAGGAGGUACAAACAUUGACUUCAGACCCCCUGUGUACACUUUGGUUGGGCAUGAAGCGGAUUUGCAAGAAGAAGAGAUCGAGCUCGAUCGAGCUGAGGAUCGAGCUGAGGCUCAAGCUGAAGAUGGAGUGCAGGAAAGCGCUGAUUGGGUGAGCCUGAGUGCUAUUACUUUGAGGAGUAUGAGGCUCCAAGGAUGA